AUUCAGAGGUGGGCUAGAUGAUAUUAGCUAACAUUAUUUUGUUAUUUAACGGAAAAAGAUUCACUGUUCAUUCAGUGCUAACUUCCUAAUUAUGAAAAGGUUAAGUGUUGAUAGUAUAUUGAAAUUAAUGUCACAAGUAGAUGAUACAGUUCCAUUGCGUAUUGAAGAUGACUCAGGAGAAAUUUACACUUUCAAUGUCUCAAGAGCAAAAUAUGCUAAAGCUAUAAAAGAUAAAACAUUUGCUCGACAACUUUUAAUGUCUCACAAAAAUGCAAUUCACAAACAAAGUACAAACGCUCUUUCAACCUCAGAGCAUGGAUCAUCGUGUGUACAAGACUUAGUUGAAUUGCAUUUAUGUGAUGGUAAUGACAAUAACAAACAGUACAUUUUGUUAGUUUCAAAGACUGAUUAUGAACGUGCCACAAAUAAUGUGUUGUAUGCAGCAGAGCUUUUAGAAAAUCAUAAAACAAAAAACAAGGAGAAACAAAGGCAUGAUUUGACUUUAACCAGCUCACCGUCGAAUUCGAAAGCUAUAAUCGACAAACAAAGUAGUAACAUUCUUUCAACAUCAGAUUAUAUUCCAUCUAGUUCUCGAUAUUACUAUGUAGUUCAUCUACCUGCCGCGAGAUUUCACAACCUUUAG